GAGCUCGUAAGCAAGAUUAAUGAAUUUUCCAACUAUCGAAAUCGACUCCGAACGAAAAUCCUAAGUCGAUACGGUGAAUCAAAGGCGGCAAAGAGAACGUGUGUUAUGGCGAUCGGAUGCGUGUAGGCUUCGCGAGCCCCUUCGUUCUUCGUUGUUUUCCCUUGAAAAUUCUUACGCCUGAAUUGAGAAAAUUGAGCGGACGCUCGUUCCAAGAGUCUCCGUUAUCGCAUACGCUUAGAAAAAAUUUUUUCCGAGGGCAAAUAUUUUUCUUACGCGUUGGCAAUCCGACGACAAGAUGCCUCAGAGCAGUUUGCAGGAAAAGAAGGUACAAACUUACUUGCAAGGAGGCAAAGCACAGUCUUUGAAACGCAAAAGACGUACGACAGAACUCUCAGAAGAUUCAGAAAAUAUAUAUCCACCUAGUAAAGUACCUACACUGUCUCAUGUCUCGUAUGCGGAAUCUUGUAAUACCACGCCGUCAAUAGAUGCUGCAUACACUUCCCAACAUCAGACAUCUCCGUUGAAAGAACAGCAGGAACCUGUUACAUGGUCUGAAUUAAGAACUGCAACUUGUUUCUUAACACCUUCAGCCUCAAAUAGCACAUCCAUUAGACCUAGUCCAUUGCCGUCUUUACCAUGGGCCGAUGGUUCCCAAGUAUGGUCUCUCAUGUGCCUUGGGGAUCAGAAAACUCUAAUUCAAAGGGAUCCAGAAAUGUUUCAGAGGCAUCCAACGUUACAGCCAAGGAUGAGAGCCAUUUUAUUAGAUUGGUUGAUUGAAGUUUGUGAAGUAUAUAAAUUACAUAGAGAAACUUAUUAUCUUGCUAUGGACUACAUAGACAGGUAUCUGUCUAUUCAUCAUGACGUACCUAAAAACCAGUUGCAACUUAUAGGGAUAACUUGUCUUUUUAUUGCUUCUAAGGUUGAAGAAAUAUAUCCACCUAAAAUCGCAGAAUUUGCAUAUGUCACUGAUGGAGCUUGUACAGAAGAAGAAAUUUUAGGAAAAGAGUUGAUGAUCUUGAAAGGACUUGGAUGGAAUCUAUCCCCGAUAACUGCCCCAGGAUGGCUUAAUAUUUAUAUGCAGAUUGAAUCAGGCGAUUCAUCCAAACCAAGCACUUUCAUAUAUCCACAGUAUGGUGGGUUGCAAUAUUCUCAAGCAGCUCAAUUAUUAGAUCUGGCGACUUUGGACGAAGGUUGUUUGAAGUUUCCAUACAGUCACAUAGCUGCUGCAGCAAUUUAUCAUACUCAAGGAAGAGAAUGCGCAUUAAGAGUAUCCCGAUUGUCAUGGGAACAGCUUGCUCCUUGUGUUAAAUGGCUUACAGCAUUUGCUACUACUGUCGCGGAAGAGGACUCCCAGUCUCUUUUAAGAUCUACGAUUACGCUUGUAGAAUCACACUCUGGAUCUGGACUGAAGGCCACUGUACCUAAUAUUGUUGUAGACGAAUCGCAUCGCAUACAGACUCACGUGGUCGAUUUGAAUAUGUUAGAGAAGGCACAGCAACGAUUAGCUGGAGAAAUCCCGAGUGGUUGUGUGAACGAUUCGGAUACAAAUAUUGAACCUGGUAGACAAAGCCCAAACGAGAGUGGCCUUUUAACUCCGCCAUCUAGUAAUCAAAAAAAUUCUCCGUUAUCGACAUGCCCUACACCACAAUUACAUCCUUAUACAUAACUAAAUAUUUACAACUUCUUUGCAUAUAUCAUGUAUGGUAAAUUGUUAUACAUAUUUACCAUAUAAUCGUGAAUUACAGCAAGAUAGAAACAUGAGUUAUUUUGAAAAAAAAAUACGUGCAGAAACUUGGGGAAAUGAUAACACUAUUGACACGUUAUUGUAAAUAAUAUGAUGCUUCCUAAUCGCAUCCUUCGUACUGAACAAUUCAAAAUAGCAACAAGUUCUCAGUACAGGAUAUCAAGCAUUUUUCAAAUGAUAAAAUAAUAAAAUAGCACAAUUAGAUUAA